AUGAAUAGUACAAUGCAAGAUUAUCGUGCACAGACUCUUGAUCGUCAUCGUUCAAUUCAAAACCAUCAAGUUCAUUCAGUCAUGGAUAAUGAUUCAAAAAAGAAAGCUGCAACACAAUCAUCAUCUGAUAAUGUUAAUUACAGUUCAGCAUUAAUGAGUAGUGCGAUACAAGAUUAUCGUGCACGAACUCUUGAUCUUAGUAUGCCUGGUCGUUUUUCAAAUCAGAAUCAAAUUCGUCUUCGUCCUAUUCAAAAACAUCGAGUUCAUUCAGUCAUCGAUACCGGUUUAAAAAAGAAAAAUGCAACGCAAUCAUUAUCAUCUCCACAAACUUUACCAAUAAUAAAACCAGUAACUAAUGAAGAACGUGAAUAUGUUCUUCAAGAUCCUCACACAUCAAUGAUUUCUCAUCGACAACGAGAAACUUUAGCUGAACGUAUUGGACUUAUUCAAACAACUAACAAAGCAGAUAAUCAUUUAACUGAAGCAGCAUGGAAUGAAGUUAAACAACGUUCAAAUGAUCGUCAAGAUUCUAAUUGUCCAUGUCCAAUAUGUCAAGAAGAUUUUGGUCUUGGACAACAGGUACUUCUUUCAUGUUCACAUGUUUUUCAUCGAGCUUGUUUAAUAACAUUUGAAAAAUUUGUUUCUAAUAAUGCUAAUGGUACCGAUCUUCGUACAUGUCCUCUAUGUCGUCGUUCACAAUAUGAAAAACGUAUUAUACAUGAAGGCGCAAAAAUUCAUCGCGCCAAAUGUGCAGCUCGUAUUCAAGCUGCAUGGCGUGGUUAUAUUGUUCGACA